AGCUAUUUGGGUUCACGUUAGUAGUUUCCCCGCCGUACCCCUACCGCUUGCAGGUCAAAAGCGUGAUCAGCUGUGACCCGCGCCAUGUAUAACGUUUGCCGGACUUUGUCUACCCUGAUCGCAGUCCGGUGUUUUGCAGCUGAUGUCUCAGCAGGCUGUGAGACAUGCACAUCCCCUCAACGUGGGUCUGCAUUGCUUCAGCGGGGCACCAGCAAAGCCUAUAUGACCACGGACCGUGGAGCGAAGGCCAAACCAGCCGGGCUGGAGCGCAGCCUUUUCAUGUUGCCCGCUGAUGCGGAUGCCAUGCUUCUGCCGGCUGUCAUCCCAGCUGCUGUCAAAUCCGCCGGCGAGCCAGCCAUCCUCGUGAUGCAGGAAGUUGAGGACGCAGCGGAAGCAGAUUUUGUGGCGCAAUACCGCCCAGAAACCACCUAUCUUCUGGGCUCGAUCUCUUCAGAAAGCUUGGCUGGAAGUCUUGGACAAGAAGUGGCCUUGACCGCAUCCUCCACCUGUGCUGCGUCAGCGGUGCUGGCACAGCAUUUUUGGCAAGAAAGCUCUGAGAUCGUUGCGGCAACAUGCGAUGACUAUGCAGCAGCGCUGAUGGCCGCUCCCCUGGCGGCGAAACGUGGCGUGCCGCUGAUUCUUCUCGACGACCAGGCGACCCUGAAGUCCGUGAUCGAUGCGUUGAAGGUGCAGCAGCUUGUCUACGUGGGGGCUGCAGCUUGGGAGAAUACCUUUGUACCACAAACCGACCUGCGCGAUGCCGUGGAGGUCUACACCGCAUUGGGCAAGCCUGAGUACUUGGCAAUCGCCAAUCCUUCAGAUCGGCAAGCACCGAUAUUCAAGGGUCUUUCAGCUAUGGCACCUAUGAUAGCUUCACUUCGAGGAGGUGCAGUGCUACCUGUGAAGGGUGGAGACGUUUCCGCAGGCGCGAUUAAGCAGCAGCUGAAAGCGCACAUUGUGCACGGCAUGCCAAAGUAUGUGGCUCUGGUGGGUGGACCGCAUGCUGUUCCACCUCAUUGUGAAAUUGGAGCCUUCUUUGGUGAGGAGAAAUGCCGUGAUGCGCCAUAUGCGGAUUUGGAUGAGGACAUCUUCCUUGAUGUUGCGAUGGGGCGCAUUGUAGCACGAAACUUGGCGUCGGCGAGCCUCCUGGUGUCCCGCAUUGGCAACUAUGACUAUGUCCGUGAUGCGGCUUCAGAAGGUCGCUUUGGCAUGGGAGGGAACUUGAAAUCCUCUGCAGACAGCAUCCGCCCCGCGCUGACCAAUGUGGGUUUCAGGGUGGACAUGGUUGAUGAACACGAGCUUGCGCAACUUCAGAAGCUUCAGGUCUCUGCGUUCAUCCACGUGGACCAUGCUGGAGCUGGAGGAAUGGGUCAUUCCUUCAAGUACAACACCACGGUGCUGCUGUCUCCUUCAGUGGUGAGUUCUGGUGGAUGCUCCACAGCUGGCUUCGACAAACUCAGCAAUCCUAUGGACUCAGUGGUCUUGACACUGCUGCAUUACGGAGCCGUGGCAUUUCUGGGUGGGCCGCGCAAUGCGAUCACGGCCUCCGGCUUAGUGCACGCCGCCUUUUGGAAUGACAUUGCGCUGGGCAAGAGCAUCGGCGAAGCCUUCGUGGCAGGUUGGAACAACGUGGCGCUGAACCACAUAGAUCAGGCAACGGAUGCUGCUCAGAAGACCGCCGAGUAUGUGAUGAUGAACAUCGCUCUGAUGGGGGACCCGGCCUUCAAACUCUUCAUUCCAAGUGCGCCGCAGCAGCGGUUGGCUGAAGUCGUCCAGUUGAGCAAUGGCCAUUUGAAGGUCACAGGUCCGCAGCAGUGGACCAAAUUCAAAGCGGAUCAGACCUUAGCUGAUGAGUGGAAUUGGCGAGGAAAUCUCUACUACUAUGGGGCUCCUGGAGCCACGCCACAGAAGAUGUGGCAUGGAAGUAAGCUCCACGAUGUUGAGCUCCCCUACCUCUACGCGCGCCUCACCACGACGGAGGACGUGGUGGGCUUCAAGGCCUCAGAAGUGCCCCUGCCCCUGGGCUGGACGGGCCCUGAUCGCGGACGCGGCUAUCCCGGUUCCGCCGGCACCAGCUUGCACGAGGACCGCCACGCAGAUGGCAGCAAGACUCUCAUGUGGCGCGUGCGCCUCCUGGACUACGACUGUGAGACCGGGGAGGUGACGGGCCAGCUGACGGAGCAGAGCUACGAGCUGGUCCUCGGUGCUUCGGAGCUCACGCCCCAUGACUUGUGUCAAAAGGGCUGCGUUGAGGCUGGGUACUGUUGCGGCCGCGACAGUGGAUGCGGGCGGCCCAGCUGCGGCCAGGGCUGCGAGAUUGCUCUUUAUUCUGACACUCUCUACUCUUGCAUCAACGAGUGUAAAGCCAAGACGGGAUGUUUUACAUGGAGCAUCGCGUUCGGGCAGACCAACAUGUGCACCGUAUGCACCGCUUCUGGUGGUGGCUCAUGCGCUGAGAACUGUGAGCCUGAAGGUGGAUGCGAGUAUGCUUGCAGGAGCAUGAACUUGCCUGCCCCUCCUACGACAACCUUGUCAACAACACUGGCUCCGGUUGACAUUUGCAAGGCGCAAUGCAGCCAGGACGGCUUUUGCUGUGGCCGUGACAGCGGUUGCGAUCGACCAAGCUGUCAGCUCGGCUGUGAGAUCGCCUCCCAAUCGAGUACUUUGCAGGCUUGUGUGGACACCUGUAAGGCAAGCUCGGGGUGUUGGGUUUCGGUCUCCGGUUUUCCCACCGCCAACAUGUGCACGGUGUGCACUCCGUCAGCUGGCGGUUCCUGCAGCGAGAACUGCGAGACCGCCGGCGGCUGCGAGCACGCGUGCUCCGUGAUGCUCGCAGGUUGACUUCCUUUCAGCCACGACAUGACUUUAUGAGUCAUUUGCUGUCAGCCAGCGGCGCACCCAUAUGGCCUUUCAGCCUGGCAGGCGUAACCUGUCGCAUUGCUUCGAGUCACAGCUGACAG